AUGUCUUCAACGUCAGAGACCGUUGCGCCGCCAGAAAGCCCGAAAACUAAAUCGGCGCGGCCGAAACCUCCGUUUUUAUCUAGACUUCUCCGGGUACUCAUACCAUGCAUUCCUUCUUCACCUCACUCUCAGCCUAUCGAAAUUGACGAGCCCAAAACGGCUCCUGUGACGACUUUGGAAAAACCGAAGCCUUUGAAGGAGGUUCCCGAAGUUACUUCUGCUUCAGAACCUUCUCCGAGUAAGGCGACGCCAAACGCUUCCACUUCCGAGCCAAACAUUCCUCUUCCAUUAAGCAUCACGCCCCCUGUAGCUAUCACUCCGACUAUUCAAGAUGGAGAUGUCAUACUUCCUCCGACACCUACCAAUCAACUUUUGCCUCAGGCAGAAACUGAGGGUAUGACAUCUGGGGCUGUCGUACCUCCUGGAUCUAGCGGUACUGUAGACAGCAAGCGCUCUUCGCAUUACUCCACAUCGCGGACAAAUGGCGCUGCUGAUGGCGAGGACUCUGAUGGCACCAGCAGCUUCACUGACGACGAUGAAUUGGAGGACGUCCAUAACUUGGACGAUUUUGAAGAUGAGGAAGACAGAUUAAUAUCUAAUGGUGGCGCGGGUAUACCCGUUGGUCCAGAUGGUAUUCCAAGGCCGUUAUUACCUCCUAUUGCCCCUCAACAUGCAGGGCGAAAGUGUCUUGUGCUUGACCUUGAUGAAACACUCGUCCACAGUAGUUUUAAGUCAAUACCACAGGCCGACUAUGUUGUACCCGUGGAGAUUGAAUACACAUGGCAUAACGUUUAUGUGAUCAAACGUCCUGGUGUGGACAAUUUUCUGAAGAAGAUGGGUGAAUUAUACGAGAUUGUGGUGUUUACAGCUAGUCUUAGCAAAUAUGCUGAUCCAGUCCUCGAUCGUCUCGACGUCGGCCAUACGAUAACACACAGGCUAUUCAGGGAGAGCUGUUACAACCAUAAAGGGAAUUAUGUGAAGGAUCUCUCCCAACUAGGUCGUCCGAUAGCGGAUACCAUUAUCCUCGACAACUCGCCUGCGUCGUACAUUUUCCACCCAAACAACGCAGUCCCAGUCUCGUCUUGGUUCAACGAUCCACACGACACAGAGCUGACCGAUUUGGUACCCUUUCUCGGGGAUCUCGGCGAAGUUGAUGAUGUAAGAGGUGUGUUGGAUGGUGCUCGAUAA